CAUACCGAUCUCCGCAAUGUCACGCUGCUGUUCAGAUAACUUGUCGUGGGCCUGCAAAUUAUUCGGGAAAAAUGCACCUGGACCUCUGUCUCAGCUCAGCCAGGCACAACCACCAUCAGCCUGGCAGAUGCUUUCUCGCACUUGACUUUGGGCUGCUUGAAGAGGUCGGUUCAUCGGGUCGUUGCCCCACCAGAAGAUCAACGCCCGUACACACACGUACAGGCUUGCUGUACUUUUCCCCUCCUCGCAACAAGACAGUUCUGGUCCCCAUCACCGACUCUUCCGUGCUGAAGCAUGCAGAUGUACGCCUGGUUCGACGACGAAGUGACCGUGGAACGAUGGUUCAAUGCCAAGCAGACGCUGCCGUGAAUCCCGACACUGCGGCUAAGCGAUAG